AUGUCGCGUACGCCGGCAAGAGAAGACGAAGAGGCCGAUUUCCUAGCCUUCCCGGAACCCAGUCCCACAUCUAGUCUCGAAGACCUCUCCCAUAUUGCAACAAGAGAUAUCGAUCUAGAUGAAUAUGGAUCUCCAAAAUCAAAACCCAACUUCGUCUCAAGAAUCAUCUCAGUUGCUACAAAUUCAUAUAAAUCAUCCACAACUUCAAGACUGGCCCGAAAACUAUUCUACACAGCCUUAAACAUCUCCCCCCGCGGUGGGCGCGGACGGCAACAGGCACUGGCGACACCCUCAAGAAUCCCAAUCGACAAAUACCUCCCCGUUGAAAUUCAUCUCCAAAUCUUCUCCUACCUCCCCUGGGAAACACUACUAGCAUGUUCCUUAGCAUCCCGCAUCUGGAGAGAAACCCUCUGGCAUCACGGACAAGACCACGGUUUUAUAAAAUCUAGCAAAGCCCGGUAUACCGCCCCAAGGAAACACAUAGGAAUCCUAUACCACAAAAUCCUUUAUCACAGACCUUGCGUGUUAGGAAUAUCAAGAGACGGCAUCACAAGUGUUCAUAUGAUGUCAAUCUCACCUUGGGAACCCGUCCCACUUGCAAUAAAUAAAUCAAAACUACGAAGCCGAAAACCCAAACCCUCGAUUCUAUCACCUUUUCCGGCCUCUUCUUCUUCUUCUUCCGACGAUUCCUCUGCAGAUGUUGUCUGCAAUGAUGAUCAAGCUGAGGGACAACGGACUACUGUUUUCUUAAACCCAGAGAAUAAUUUUGUAAUGAACGACGUAUUACUCAAGUUAAACCCGAUAUAUACCCCAAAACCAACGAUGGUCGCAAGGUUACUCGCUAUUUUGAAUGGUCUCAAUAAUGUCAAUCAUUAUACGGAAUACCUGCGAGGCUUGGACGACAAUUCUUCAUCCUCUUCAUCAUCUUCUAUUGAACUAGAUAUUGUGAUAACAGGUCAAGAUGAGCAGGAUUCUGGCAGUAAAAGGAUCGCUAGGACGAUUUCUACGGAUAAGGAGAGGGAAGGUAUUACGUUUAAGGUCUUUUUGGAGUAUGUGAGGGAAAUAGUGAUUGAAGAGAAGGGGUUGGAGGAAGGGGAAGAGAUGAUGAUUUUUAUCACCUUUUUAAUGAUUAAGGAUAAGAAUAUCAGUUUUGCGGUUUACCUUGACGGGUGGACUGGUUAA